UAAAACAAUAUCACUCUACCAUUAAAUACUUUAAUGAAAUGCAAUAUCCUGAGCCGUGACCGAAAUAUUGUUACUUGAUUUAUAUAGGUUAUGGCGGAAAAGUGAAAUAAUAUGUCAUAUUGAAUAUAUUUUAUCAAAAGCUUCAGCCUUACAAUGUGGAACAACGCUGAACAAACAGACCGAGACUCACUGCAUCUGUAUGAACUCUGUUGUGAUGUAGGAAUGUCAGCAGACGAUGUCAAGCUAAGAAACUGGCUCAGUGAUUAUUCCAACUCAUUAUUCAGUCUUGAAGGUAUUGCUAAUUAUGGUUCUGAUGUUGAUUACAUGUUUCAUGCUAUAAACGUCGGUAGUUUUGCAGAGGGUAUUGCCCUAGAACGCCUGGGCUCAGAUAAUAACAUAAUGAUGACAGUGUCGGGAACAAGGGUAGCUCCACAGAGACAAUCUGAAGGUCAAGGUGACAUGCACCUAUUCAAGGUCAUUCAGACGUAUCACCCAUCUUAUGUCAGACUGCAAUGUGUCUUCAUGGGUACAAGUCCUAGUAGAUCAAUAAUGUCAACUCCGAACUGCUGUUUGGCAGACGAACAAGGAAGAAUGAUUUUGGCGGGAAAACUUCUUAUAGAUGCUUACAGUAAUAAUACUACAGGCACUAUAAGUGCUCCUGCAGUUUCAGGCGUUAUGAGAAGUCAAAUCACACCGAUACUGUGUAUUCAUUCGCCAGUUUGGCCACUUGCUGCAAGGGAGUGGGCAUUUCGUGUGAGGAGGUACAUUUGGCCUACUGUAGAAUUGAAGAAGUUUAUUCUCCAGCACGGCUGCCAUGUUGUCCCGAUAGGAAAUUCGCAAAGUCCAAAUAAGCAUAUCGAAUGGCGAUGGUCUUUUUCUUUAGCCGAGAAGCUUCUCGUUCGCACUUUUAAUAUCACGCAACUGCAGUGCUACUUCCUGAUGAAGUUACUUGUUACCUACAUCAUCAACCCAAUGGUUCUUGAAGGAAUAUCAUCGUAUCAUGUGAAAACCAUUAUGCUCCAUAUGGUAGAAAGCACCCACCCAGCUGAGUGGACUAGAGAAAAACUUGCAUCCUGUUUUGUUGGCUGCCUUCAGAAAUUACUGCAAUGCCUAGAGGAUGGCAGUUUGCCUCAUUAUUUCAUUCCGAACCACAAUCUAUUUUUGCCCCGCUUGCAAGGAGAUACGAGAAUCCGACUGGUUUCAUUAGUUACAGGGUUGUUGGAGAAGGGAUGGCAAUGUAUUUUACAGUGCCUUCCACCAAAUCUGAACAUGCUUCUAGCGAGACACAAGAUACAAGUCAGAUGCGACUGCUACGAUACACACUGGGGCACAGAAGGAUGUGAACGAAAUGUUUCUAUGGUUGAGAGAUGUUACACAAUGUUCAAUGUAACAAUACGAGUAGUUCUACGUCUAACAGAGAGACCCGACAUCCAGGGAACGAUUGACGCGAUGACGAUGUUUCUGGAAUACCCAACAAUGCGAGACCCGGUACACUUUCCCGACGUGCCGGCCACUGGAAUCGUCAAGCUGAUGAUUAAAAGCCAUGUUGGUAUAUUAUAUAUGGGGUUAUCAAACACUUACCCGUACAACCGAAAGGGAGGUUCUCAAACCCUUCUUCCAACUGGCCAGAAAUAUCUUGAAGACGCCGCUGGUGUUGACGCUGCCGCUACAAAACUAAAACUAGCCACCUUUCACUAUAUGACCGAGAAUUACGAUGAAAGUAUCAAAAUCAUCAUGCAGCUGCUACGACAAUUUAACGAAUACAUUGUCAACACUACCGGUGACAAAACGAGGAGAAUGAAGUCAUGUAAACGACCACUGGCCCUCCGGAAGCAUCGGUCGGUCACAUCGCUCUUAGGAAAUGCCCCGUCUCUGAUGGAAUGGGCUGCUCUGGAAAUAAUAUUUUGUCCAUGGGAGGUUGCGUACGCUCCUGAAGCGAUCCAGAUGCUGAAAGAGCGGGAACCACUUACAGACGACGAUACGGAUCACAAAGGUUUUGUUUUCGUUGAUGCGGUUGUGUAUGCCUACUUUCUACUGGCAUUGUCCUACAACAGCAUUCACCGACCGGUGCAUAGGCAGCAGGCAAUUGAGAAUUUGCAGCUUCUUGUCAAAAAUGGAGAUAACAGUGACAUUCAUUACCCGGAAGUUGCAAGAUUUCUUCUUCCGUAUGUGAAAGAAAGAAAGCACAAAAACUGCCUUUUGUGUCAUGUGAGAGUGUUCUAGAAUAAAUGGAAGUUUCCUUGUUUGCUGUUGUAUAAGCAACUGUAUUACACUGUAAUUGUGAUUUGAAGUAUUUACUACUUGUGAACAUUUUUAUUACAUAUGGACUUCACAUAUUCCUGUGAAUGAUACUUAAAGUCACAAAAGAACAUAAAACAGAUGGAUACAGUUAAGGAAUUUAUGUCACCAUAAAGUUUGCUGAACAAAAGUUUCACAGUUUUACGAACGAUUACUGCUGUGUAAUUAUUACAGGCAUAAAAUGAAAUCCAUGAUCGCAAAGGUCCAGAAAAUAUAGCAACUCUGGGAAGAAGCCUUUUCGCUUUUAUAACAUUAAAUAUUAAGUACACAUGAGACAGUCAUCAUUACAAAUUCGAUUGACCAAACUAGAGUUAAAUAUAACUUCAUACGAUGACAGAUGGCACAGAAGCCUUGAGAAGAGAAGGAUAGGACACACGACACAUAACUUUUGUUAUCGUGAAAUAAAACAGGAUUAUCUCCAUUUGUAGAUUUUUAACAUUUAAGACGAGAACAUUAAAUUAACUAAAGGUUAUAUGACUUGGUAAAAAAUAGAUGACAGUAAGAUAAUAAGAAGAAUUUGAAAACAGUAGCACAUGAACUUUUAGUCUUAAGUUUUCGCACUUUGGUCAUUUAAGAAAUUUGCUGUCCUGAAUGAUAUUCGCUGUUAACUUUGAUCCAACUACAUAAAGCGAAGAUAAGAAGUUCUGUGCCUAUGAAACAUAACCUUUUAUUGAUUAAAUAUAAUUUCGUCUCAUAUUUUAUUUUUUAUUUUCAUUUAACACAAUAACUUUGUCUCCACCUAUGUAGAAAAGCGAAGCGCGCGAGAAAUAUUUCUAUCUUGGAUAAUGGUAUAAUUAUCUCCCUUUCUGCACUUGAUAGCUUAUUUUUUUGUCCAGACAAUAACUUUCAAGCCACUGAAGAGAAACUGCACAUACGUCACUUGAAUGAAACAGUGAGUAUUCUUUUAAGGAUACAAUGAGCAUUAUUUUAAAGGAUACAGUGAGUAUUACUUACUUUUUUACAACAUUUUUUUUUCAAACGGGGGAUCACCUGAAAACCACUCAUUUCAUAAACAAAUGAAUUUAUUACACACAGUCGAUAUCAUGCGUGGGUGCCAAUACGGAUGGAAGUAAAUAAUUUCACAUGUUUUCAUGUUUAUUUUUUUUUUUUGUUGAUCGUCUGCUGCUUCAUAAUUCAUUGUUCGUUCUUUUUAUGAAAAUGCAUAAAACACUACACUGUUUAUUGUCCCGUAAGAUUUAUGUUAAUUAUUUACUUAAUUUAUUGUGGUGAACAGAAACAAUAAAAAGAAUAUUUGCCCUGUGUUUUGAAUUUAUUAAAUUUUAAUUGUGAAGUAAAUGUUCCAUGUGCAGGUACGAUUUCAGAUUGAUGUUGUAAAGUAAUAGAUAAUGCAUUUCAAUUAUUGUAUCAUGGUUCAGUUAUUUUCUUUGCAUGAUUUCUAUUAACUUAGAUGUUUUUAUCUCGGCUGUAUAUGGUGCAUAUUGAUAUUACAAUUAUAGCUAUUUUUCUUGCAUAUGCAGUGUAAUUUUCUAUAUUAAAAUUCUGUAUGAAUCGCAUAUACUAGAGAUAUUCAAGAUCAUUAAAAAUCAAAACUUUACAAAUAAGUGAAUAAUCUUAAACCAAUAGAAAAUAAACUGAUACAAGAUGCUGAUGUAUAUUUCAUUUAUCCUUUGGCUGUUAGAAUCAAUAUUAAAAAUUUACUAACAAAAUAAUAUGGUACACAAUAAGAGACGAGCAAACAUGAUGUAAACAUUACUAUUGUACUUCAAGUUGCGGUACAUCAUUAUAUCUGAGAGAUUUUAUUUUUUUUCUGGUCCUUUUGGACAAUAUUCUUGUAUAAAAGAAUUCCGGGGAAAAACGGUGCCAGUAGGCGUGGCAUGAGGGUAUUGCGUAUUUCAUUACCUUUCAUGAACAUGGAUGCGUUCUGUUCUUCCAAGGGAUUUUCUUAUAGAUUUUGUUUCAACAAUAGGUCUUUUCUAGGCAAUUAAUAUAUGUGUAUAUUUCAUUUCUAAAACAGUCAUUUCAGUAGGGUUACUGCCUUCCUUCUAAACCCACCAUUUCAGUUGGAUCACUGCCUUCCUGAGUUACCACUGAUGGUUUGAUCAUGCCAUCCAAAUAAAUCUUCAGCUUUUUAAAAAACUUCUUUUUUACCAAAACAAUACGAACGAAUCGCUUUAAGAGCCGUUCUACAUCACACCAGACUAUUUGGUAAGUAUAUACUAAAUUAAAACUUUUUUCAGUGUUUCUUGUGUUUCUUUUUAUCAUGGACUCCAUUCAGUGUUACUGUGGUGCCUACGUGACCGAGUGGUUACGGUCUUGGACGAAGAAUCACUUGUCCGUCACCUAUUUGGAAUCAAAGUUGAAUUCUUUAUGUGAGGAAGCUAUCCAGAUGGCUAAAGGAAGGUGGUUCUACCCAUUUGCCUGCCCGUGCUUUGGAACAAUGCAAAAAGGGACAACAGUUACUGACGUCUGCCUCUGCCAUCAAAUGCGGGAAAAGUCGCGAUAUGAACUUAGUUGUGGUGUGACUCUAAACCUAAAAAAAAAGAAACAAACAUAUCAGAGUUCCACUUAAGCAAGUGCUAUGCUAUGCGAGGGGUAUUUCGCAUUUUAUUACUUCUCAUGAACAGACACGGUCGAGCCGAAUCUGCUAUUAUUUUCCGUUAUUGCAUUGUAUGCUUUAAUCCUUUACCCUACUAAAUUUCUAAAAUGGAUUAGUCCAUCAUUCAUUUUGGGGAUUACCACUUAUUAUUUGAAGGGAUGUUCAGUGAAAUUUUACUGACUGAAUAGCGAACAGUGCAGACCAUGAUCAGCCUGCACGGAUGUACGCUGAUUUUGGUCUACACUGGUCGCAUAGGCAGAACCACUUGCCAACAGCAGGCUAAAGAUUAAAGGGAUCGUUUCUUAUAUUUUAUUUAGAUUAUUGUCUGAAUAUUAUAUCUUAGAACAAAGAACAAAUUAAUGCUACAAAAUAUCAUAAGGUUCAGUGAACCAUUUAAUUAAUUAGAAUGGAGAUUGUCUGCGUUUAUAAUAUUAGAUAAGGUUGAAUUACAACGAAGCAAACGGAAAAAGUGCCAUAUUAUCACAUACGAAAUGUUUUAUAUCUACAAUACUUAAAACCGGUUUUGUUUAUACUUCUAUGGUCUCCUUAUCUUUGUGUUAGAAAAUCUAAACGGAAAUCUAUAUUAGUCUCUAAAGACAGUGAUUUUUAUAAUAUUUAUGAUUCUGAAUGUGCACAGCAGACUGUUAAAGCAAUUAUUACAAUAGCAAUAAAUAUUAUACCAGAAAGAUAAAUGCGUUAUGGAUUACUAAAAUAAUGAAACGCGUAUGAAUGAGACCAUUAUAUAUGUGCAAUAUCGUUGCAAAAUGAAACAAAAGUGCACCUUUCGCUAAAUAGCUAUAAUUAAAAUUAUAACUCAUUUGAUAUCAAUCAAAGAUGACAGGUUUUAACGUCAGCCAUCCACUUAUGACAUCCGAUUGGUUGACCAUGCCUUGUAGUAAAACCGCAGAAUGUGCGCUAUUUGAUCACUGACCAUCCCGACCUUGAACAUGGAGAAAACUACUAUAACUUCAAAGAGUAAAUGUCUAUUACUAAUAACUAUAGGGGGUUUAAGUUUUGUACAUUUUAGCAGCACUCAGAUUAGUAUUCCGGCAUCCGUAAUUAUGUUUAAAAAAAACACGCUUAGAUUCAUUUUACUAUAAUUCUGUCAAAAUUAUCACGUACAACGUGACUAAGAAUGUAAAUUUUGUAAUUUUGUCUUUCUAGAAAAAUUGAGACAAUGUCUUAGUCACAUAGGUAAAAUUAUCAAUAACCAAUAUGUUCAUUCGGCUCUGCAUUUUGACAGGCUGCAUAGUAUUUCAAUUAAUUUGUUUUGUUACCGUAGAGAAUAUAUUAUGCACAGGGAAAUAAUUUUAUAAUAAGCUAAGAACUUCAAACACAAUCCUUCAUGUUGUUAUUUGUAAUAAUAUAUAACCUAUCUUAAUACCUAUAAAAACCGUGACCUGUCUGCAAUCUCUUAUACUAAUUUUAGAUUUUAUUAUUCAAAGUUUCUUGCAUGUGUUUCGUUAACAGGGAAUGGAUAAUGAAAUUACAUUAUCAUUAUUUGUCAUACAAUCGAAGUUUUCUAUGCUUUAAUAUAUUAAAAUCAUAUGUGCAUUAAAGUGUAUUAAACUCACCAGACAUUCCAUCGCUCUUCUUUAUCAGGGGUGUAAUUGAAUUCAGUUUUACUAAUUUUGAAGUUAAUAUUAUGUGGUGUGAGGAUUAAAACUAUCGUAAAUGGGACUUCUAUGUAAAUUGCCCAUAAUCCAAAACCAAAAAUGGCACAUUCCGACUGGAUAUAAAAUUAAUUAUUAAUUUGGACGUCAUCGUUCAUCAUUCAAAACAAAUUUAGAAACAGGUUAGUGUGUCACUGAAAAAUGGUCAAUACCUAAUUAUUUAUAAAAGUAAUAUGAGAACGAAAAGUGCACACAGGGAAGUGUCAAAGCGACCGUUAUGUCACUCUAACAUGUAACUCUUUCAUUUUGUUUUUUUCUGUGAUUGUUUGAUGCAAAGAAACUGUGUGAUGCUCUUAUCGAUUGAUUAUUUAUGAUCAAGUUGUCUUUGGUAUCUGCUGCAUCUGUAAUGAAGAUUUGCAACUUGUAUCUCUAUAUAAUGCUUACUUUUCUUAUCUAUUCAAAUACUUAUACGCGUUUUUUGUGUUUUACCGCAAAAUUCCUAAACACAUUAUUGCAGAAAAGUUUAAAAUGAUUGUCACGAAGUUCAACUAACGCCCCCAUACUGAAAUAUUUGAUAUUAUGACAACAUAAGAUUGUUUUCCGCGCACAUCCAUUUUUUCCUCUGGCACGUGUGUGUGGGAUGAGGGCACUUUAGUCUUGUCCGUACGUCUGUGCAUCCGUCCUCCUAAAAGCCUGUUCGUCCGUCCAUCCAUCCGAAUUUCUGUCGUGCAUAUCUCAAACGUAUUUGACAUAGUGUUAUCACAUCUCAUAGGACAGUUGUUUAGCAUGUAAUGUUGUGUACCUGGCAUUUUGUUUGGGAUUUCACUCAGCCAGUCCAGAUUUAUGGCCCUUGACUUAAUAAAACUAUGCAUAAAAAUCUUAAAAGAUUAACAUAGUGUCAUCAAAACAUGCAGGAAUAUUAUCCAGCAUGUGAAGUUGUGCACCCUGGAUUCCGCUCCUCAAGAUCAAAGUUAAUAUGUAUUAAUGGCCAUACAGUUUGUGUCAUAUGUAUCUCAAAAAGGAUUUGACCUAGAGUCAGUAACCUUAUAGGUGUAUCAUUAGUCUGUGAAUCUUUGUUUUGUUGUGGUAGUAAGGGUCCUUGACAUUGUCAAAAUAUGCUUAAAGGGCCUAAAAGUUAAAGUCAAAUGUCUCUAAAAAUUUUUUAAUCUAAAAUCAGAAAAUUAGCGAAUUGUUAUAUAGCUGUGAAAUUGUGCACGUAAUGUUCUGUUUGAUAUUUCAUUCUGUCUGAGCAAUGUUAUGGUCCUUGGCUCAGACAAUAUGCAUAUAAUGCCUUAAGCUUUGUCGCAUAUAUCUAAAAAGUAUUUGAAUUAGGGUCAUGUAAUCUUAGGAAUAUUAUUCAGCAUGUGAUGUUGUGCAGCUGGGAAUUUUUGGGGAAAUUCAGUUUAAGACAAGAGUUAUGGCCUAUGACCUAGUCAAAAAUAUGCAUUAAGGACUAAAAAGUUUCUGUCCCAUGUAUAGUUUAAGUAAUUUGACCUGGUAUUAAGAAACUUUGUAAGGAAUGUUGUGCAGCAUGUGAAUUUGUGCACUUGGCAUUUUAUUUGAGACUAAUUCCAAACUAACACUCCGCCAAAAAUAUAAGUAUUUCAGCUUCUUUUAUUUCAUGUUUUUGAUGACGUUUUACAGUAUCCAUACCCUACCCCACUGAUGACUUAUACACCACACAUGCAAAUAUUAUACACUAUGUAAAUAAAAGUGUACUUAGUCUUGCAAUGUAAACAAAUAACAAUUAUCGAGUUUAAAUAUCUUUUAAUAUCUCACUUUACUUUCUGACAGAAAGUUCUGAGAACAUGUUCGAAAUAUCUAUCGUGACCCUGUGUCAAAAAUGCACUCCUUCACUGCACGCAGUUAUUCCUGCGUGACGCUAUGUUAACUUAACUAUUGUCACUGUAUUAAUACUUUUAUUAUAGUUAUCAGGUUAUUUUGUCUCUUUCGUCAUAAGGCAUGAAAAGCAUCAUGUGUCGCCUUGGGGACUUUCUAAAAUUCAAGCACAAAUUCUCAAAAAUUCUCACAUUUGAUGGCAGGGAUAGCCAAAUAUGGGAAUAUCAGUUACAAUAGAGUAAGCACAGGUUAACUUCAAGUUAACGACUUCUAACGUAGAGUUUGAAAAGCGUGUGAACAUACCGUGCGACGCGACGUUGAUUUUUAAAACAAAUAGCGUAACACUGGGAGGGUCACGGAGUGUUGUUCCGGCUUUCAUUGAUUGUGCUUAGUGGAUGUUCAUCGAAAGGAUGGUAAGAAAGUGUUACGUUGUACUAUUUUUAGAAAUUUUUGUAAUUGGGGAGAUAUUGCAUGAACUCUCUGACAUCGAUUGAUACGUAUAUAAAGUAGAUUAUGGUUGGGAAGAAACAAUAAAUAUUUUUGUCGAUUUGAAUGAACAUUGUAAAUAUUUAAGAAACUAUGAAAAAGUUUUUAAUAUCAAAAGUAUUUAAGAAAAUUAACUGCGGGUACAGAUAUCGUCAAAUAGUUGGUAUAAUUCUUGCCGCCAUUUUAACAAUGUCAGAAGCAAAACCUGUGCGGAGAUCUACAUCCAAACAGAAUGCACCAUGCUUUGUACUUGAAUUAGAGGGGAAUCAUGUACGUCAAGCCAAAGCAGACACAAUGAAGGAUUUAAUUGCUCGCACGGAUGGUGUUAACCAAGCUGCACAAAAGAUAAAAGAUUAUAUAACAAAAACAUUUUUAGUAUCAGUUUUGCCAACGGGCAAUUUCUUACCGAAGGAAGAAUUUACAGUAACAGAAGAAAAGAAAACAUUUUCUUCGAAAAACUUUGCAUCUGUAUUAAAGGACCAUUACAGACUGUUAUCUAAGCUUGUAAACUACACAGAAUAUGCUAGAACAAACAAUCAAAUAGGAAUAGGGAAGAAACCGGGAUCCAAAAAACUCAAAGACAAGUUACUCAACAUUGAAGACCAGUUAUAUCAGAUUAUGUGUGAUAUAAAAAUAGCUCUUAUUGGACAAAAAGAGGACGCAAAGAUAGCGUCUGCAAAUCACCAAGUGUCGUCUGCUUUCAAAUCAGCGGCAAAACCAUUUAACAACGAAACAAGAAGGACAUAUGUUCUAAUGAAUGACUACCAAGAUACAAUGGAGUUUUUAAAACAAAUGUAUACCGUCAUGUAGUAUACGUAAGAGUAGCUUUAAAACUGAGAAACCCACUUCAUGACGUAAAAUGUAAAUGUUCUGCUAAAACGUGUUUUUUUUUAAAUAUCAUUUUGACAGAUUUUACGUUUUAUGCGUGAGGACCAGAAACACAGAAACGUGCUAAGAUAGUAGGCUUCUGAACGUGCUGAGUCCGUCAUUUUUAUUGAUGCAUGUGAAAACGUUAUUUGUUGUCGCCCAGCUCACGCAUUUGAAUUACAGAUGUAACAUUUGUCACAGCGAGGGCGUUUGCAUCAUGAUUUGAAUGACUAAUGUUUUAAAUUUACAAAGACUGUGAUUUAUUUGUGCAAUAUUAUUUAAAUCUAUCUAUUUAAUUCUUAUUUAACUAAUAUUGAAUUUAUCAAAAUCCUCAUUAUAUACUUGUUACCGUCCAACAGUAAUUUUAUUGAUCAUGAUUGUGUUAUCAUUUAUUCUAUUAUUCUUUGUAUCACACAUCAUAAUGUAGUCAUAGUUAUCAUCCAUCAGUUGACUCACACAUCGAAUGACACUGACAUGCUUAUUAGAAGAUAUUGUAGUCGUGACUAAUCAAUGAAUCCCAAUUAUCAAUUGUGAUACAUGAGUGACAUACAUUAACUGUACUAAUAAUUUAUUAUUCAGAUGUGCAAGAUAUCCAUUCAAAUGUGAAUUUACGACAUUGUAGUAAUUUUAGCAAUUGUCAAACUUUUCAUAUAACGUUAUGGCUUUAUGAUGUUAAUUUACAAUUGCAAACAUGUUUAUCACUGUAACGUCGGAAAUUGGGAUACAAUUGUGUAAUUGUAAUAGGUCAGUGCCCAAAUUAACUGAAAAUUAUGUAAGUAAAUGCUCAUUUAAAAUGUAUUUUCCAGCACAGAAUUUGACAUACAAUGUUUGGACACUUGAUAUCAAAAGACCUUUGGAGUCUUCUGUAAUAAUAUUGCUGAAAAAUAAUUAAUUAUUAUAAUUAGUGAAUGUAUACGAUGACCUAGUGAAUAGUUCGCUGCCAGGAAUAUUACAAUAUGUUUUUAAAUGCUACAGUUUUUUGUAAGCAUAUCAUUGUGUGUACUUCCUGUAUUAGAGAAUUGAAGGUUAGGUGUAGGCUGGUUGGUGAUUCAUGAUGACAAAUUUCUUUAGUGACAUAUGUUCCAAAUUCAUCAUUUCGUUACCAAGAUCCAUGUUUCCUUGUUCCCCUUAUGUUCACUUUUAAACAAUUUCCUUUCAUGUGAUAGUAUAAUGUAUGGUUGUAAAUUCGCUUUUAAAAUAGGAUUUCUGUCUCUAAUUGGUUCUUUUUAACAGACAUGCUUAAGUUUGUAACGAAGGAGGAAAUCAAUAUUUUAAAGUGCAACAUCUAUUUUGCUUUACAUGCUGUUUUGUUGUCAAUUUAUUUACCUUCCUCACGAUUUCAAAAACUGUACUGUACACGAAUAAAAAUAAUAAUUUUGAUACUUGAUCAAAUUGAUGAAGAGAAAAUAUGUUUAAAUUAUUUAAAUCUUAUCACAUUUACAGCAAUUAAUUAUAUUUUUGUUUUAAAAGAUUAACGCUGGGAGGUUGUAAAUAUGUCGACGCUUUGCAGAUUUGAACGAUAUUUGAUAUACAUUUAUGUAAAUUAGCUGGAAAAUCUGUUUAAAUGUGACUAAUUUAUGUACCUCUCCUCUUGAAGUUGUUUAAAGAAUAAAUGUAUCAGUUUUCAAAUGAGUCUAUAUUAUCAUAAUUGCAUGUCUAAUCGAUUUAAGGAAUGCAUCUGUUUGUUUACUUUUGUGAAGUAUUAAUAUUCAAGAGUAUGUCUUCUUUAUCAUAUCCAUCAUUGCGCCUAUUUAUUUUCUCAUCUUUUGAUAAUUAACAUAAUUCAUUUCACAUGACAAAUGGUGCAUUACUAUCACAGAAUUUGCCUAUUUAUUUGUCAUACUAGUAUGUUUAAUUCUAAACACACAAUAUGUUGUCUGCACACAUUUAGUCAUAUAGAAUUUACCUAUUUAUUUAUAAUGUUUUCAUUAUUUACAUUUUGAUUUAAAUUGUAAAUAAUACAUUGUUUGCAUGUAAAGAUAGUUGUAUACAGAACUCGCCUAUUUAUUUCUCAUACUUGCAAUACAUAUAUUUUCAUCAUUGAUUUUAAAUGCAUAAUAGGCUGUCUACACAAUAUAAUAGUACUUUACUACCAAAGAAUUAGGCUGUCUCAUCUAUUCAUUAUUGUCAGUAAUUAUUUCAAAUAGAGUGCAUAUCAGUGGCAUGUUGUUAAAGUUGCCUGUACAUGAAAAUGUACACGAAUCAAUACAGUUAAAAUUACUCUUGUAAUUGUUAUAGAUACGGUUGUCUUCUUAUAGAUUUGAUUAAGAUGUAACAGAGGAUAAAAUAAUAAAAAAUGAUACAAAGGUU